UUUGUUCCACCUUAUUAAUAAAAAGAAGAUUUACAUAAAUCUCUUACAAAUGUCAAAAUUUUGAGGUUAACUGUUUUUUGUAGACUCGCCUACUUCAAAAUAUACAAAUAAUAUCAUGGAAUGAAUUCAAAAAUAAGUACCCAGAGGAUCACAAACUCCAAAAUCACAAUUUCAAUGUAAUUUUUACACAAUAAAUUAUAAAUAAUUUUUAAGGAUUUAAAAUCUAAAUUAAAAUAACCAAAAAUGAAACAACGAGUAAAGACUGAUACAUCGGUACGAAAUAGAUUACGGAGAUUUCCCGAAGAUGAUGUUCUACUAUUAAAUUACAAUGACAAAUAUGACAAACACCGUAGGAAAUCAUCAAAUUUACCAAUUCCAUCAGCGUACAUGAUGUUUUUAUUAAUAUUAAUUGUCGCUGUAUUUAUGGCCGUAAUUGUAAUUGAAAAAAAAUUACCACCAGGCUUAAAAAUUUCGGAAGAAGAACUAUAUCCAAAUCGUUUUAUUGCUGAACGAGCAAUGGUUAAUCUAAUAAAUCUAACAAAGUUCGGUCCACGUGUUGCUGGUAGCUAUGAAAAUGAAGUAUUAGCGGUAAAAUAUCUAGUGGAUGAAAUUAAGAAUGUGAUAGCGAAAUCAAAUAAAAAUUUACAUUUUAUUGAGUAUAAUGUACAACGAUCUAGUGGUGCAUUUCCGUUACAUUUUCUGGAUGGAAUGACUAAUGUUUAUCGGGAUGUUCAAAAUGUUGUUGUUAAAGUAUCACCGAUAAAAGGAUCUAAUUCGAGUUUGUUGCUGAAUUGUCAUUUUGAUACUGUUACUGAUAGUCCUGGAGCCAGUGACGAUGGUGCUGCUUGUGCAGUAAUGUUAGAACUCUUACGUAUAUUUUCACAAUCCAAUAUUCCAUUACGCCACAACAUCAUUUUAUUAUUCAACGGUGCCGAAGAAAAUAUAAUGCAAGCAUCACAUGGAUUUAUCACUCAACAUAAAUGGGCUAAAGAAGUUAAAGCAUUUAUAAAUUUAGAAGCUUGUGGUGCAGGUGGGCGUGAAAUGUUAUUUCAAGCAAACUCAAAAAAUCCAUGGAUAUUAGAAAUCUAUUCAAAAAAUGCCCCGUAUCCAUAUGGAUCUUCACUAGCACAGGAAAUAUUUGAAAGUGGUUUAAUACCAGGCGAUACAGAUUAUCGAAUUUUCCGUGAUUUUGGUAACGUGUCUGGAUUGGAUUUUGUUUGGUCUAAAAAUGGUUAUGUUUAUCAUACAUUGUUCGAUGAUGUUUAUCAAGUUCCGGUGGGAUCUUUACAGCGUACUGGCGAUAAUAUACAAGCUUUAGUAUUAGGGAUAGUAAAUGGGCAUCAAUUAUCCGAUAUGUCGUUAUACAGUUCAGGUGGACUCGUUUAUUUUGAUUUUUUGGGAGCAUUUGUUGUACAUUGGUCGGAGUUCAUUGCAAAUAUUAUUAAUGCAAGUGUUUUAUUAUUAUCGUUAUAUUCGAUUUAUCAAAAUAUGUUAUUAGCUUCGAAUGAAAUUUCGCAAAGCCGUUACAUAAAAUUAUUGUUAGGAAGUGCAUUUACCCAUUUUAUAACAUGGAUUCUAGUGCUUAUCGUAGUAUUAUUAAUUGGUAUCAGUCUUACACUAUUAGGGCGUACAAUGAGUUGGUUUACACGUCCAUUUUGGUUAUUAUUUUUAUAUGUGGGACCCACAAUUUGUGUGGCAUUCUCCACAGUUUUAUUUGCAUCAAGAAAAUAUCAAAAGAAUAUAAAAUCACCUUGGACAAAAUUCCAAUUGUAUUAUGAUGGAAACUUAUUAAUCUUUAACUUUGCCUUAUUGGUGGGAAUAAUUUUCCGAAUAAGGUCAGCGUUUAUUCCAUUAAUAUGGGUCAUAUUUCCAACAGUAUGUAAUUUACUACAAGGGCCAAUAUUUAAAACAAAUCGAGAUUGGAAAUGGCUUGUUUAUCAAAUGUUAGCACUUUCAUUACCAUUUAUCCAAUCAUUUUAUUUAACUUUGGGUGCAUUUUAUCUAUUCAUUCCAAUAAUGGGACGAUCUGGUGCUGGAAAUAAUUCGGAAUUAAUGAUUGCCGCCAUGAUUGGUUUAAUAUUUGUGGGAUUAUUCAGUUACUUAACACCGUUCAUCACCUUAAUACGAAAUCCAGAACGUGUUUUUAGUUUAUUAAUUGGAAUGUUUUUAAUAUCAAUUAGUUUAUUGAUUUUAACACCAUUAGGAUUUCCAUACUCUGGUGAUCCAAAUUCUCCAUCACCUCAACGUUUUAUGAUUGUGAAUACAAAUCGUACAUAUUACGAUUUAUCCGGGAACGUACGUGGUGGCGAUACAGGAUAUUGGGUUGUGGAUUUAGAUAUAAAUAGUCCAAAUACUGUUAAUAAUUUUGUGCCAGAAAUGAAAAAUGCCAAACCCGUGGAUCUUGAUUGUGAAUUAGAAUUAUAUUGUGGAUUACCAUAUUUAUUACCAGUGCGACAUUUUAUAUGGAAAACACAUUGGAUACCUGGACCAGCACCAAAUUUACCAAUUCCAACAACUUUUGAUUAUAAUAAAAUUGAUUUGGAGAAUGAUAUUAUUCGAUAUCAAAUUAAUGUUACAGGUCCCGAUCAUAUUUGUGUAAUGAUUUCCCCAUUACCGAAUAUAGACUUGUUGGAAUGGAGCUUGGUCGAUGGUCAACCUCUAGCAAGUGGUGAACUAUGGAAAGGGCGACCCACAUAUUUUAUUUAUUACGCUUAUGUAGCCAAUCCAGUGCCUUUGACAUUCGAUAUAGAUUUUAAGGUGCCUAAAAAAUAUAACAUAUUAAAACCUGUAAUGGAUAUUGCUGUAACUAGUCAUUACUUACAUGGAAAAAAUCAACGAUCAAAUAUAUUUAGUGAAUUUCUUCAACAAUUUCCACAAUGGACAGCGAUUACAGCGUGGACAGCAUCAUAUGCAUCAUAUCGGGUUUAAUAUAAAUUAUCUAACUAGUUUUUAGUCACAAAUAAACAACUGGACACUACAUACAUACUCCUUGAAAGUUUUGAUUUACUUAUUCGGGAAUAAAAAUUUAAAUAUAAAUACCAUUAAUGAGCUUGUUCAGAA